GAGGAACGUUUAAGAGAACUGGGAUUCCUGGGAGUGCAUUCUGAUGAAGAUCAUCAAAGGAAAUGGCUGUGUGGUUCUGUGACUAGGUGCAGACCUAACAUAAUCGUUUGGUGUGCUUUCGUCGUAAAGCCUUUUUGAAAUCGAACACUGUGCUGAGUGAGCUGUGACUUACAUCCAAAACCAGUCUCUCUGGGGAGAGAGAGGAGGGGACCAUUGCCUCUAAAAUGAGUCUCUCUGGGGAGAGAGGGGAGGGGACCACUGCCUCUAAAAUGAGUCUCUCUGGGGAGAGAGAAGAGACCACUGCCUCUAAAAUGAGUCUCUCUGGGGAGAGAGAGGAGGGGACCAUUGCCUCUAAAAUGAGUCUCUCUGGGGAGAGAGAGGAGAACACUGCCUCUAAAAUGACUCAAGACACCAGUUCUAAGAGUGUCCAGAAGCCCAGAGCAGAGUCACCUACAACCAGCCUGGUAUCAAUGAAGAGUGAUCAGCCACCUGCUUUCAGCCAGGAACCAUUACCAGAUGACAAGAAUGAAGUGGAGAGUUUGGACAGUGAGGAUGUAUUAAAGAUCACACACAACCUUCUGGACAGAAGAAGUCAAACUCUGCUGACAGUCCAACAAGACAUUAAGGCUAAACUGAAACACAAGUAUCAACACAUAUCUGAAGGAAUUGGACACCAUGGAAACCAAAGUCUGUUCAAGGACAUCUACACAGAGCUCUACAUCACAGAGGGUGGAAGUGGAGGGCUCAAUAAUGAACAUGAGGUUAGACAGAUAGAGAUGGCAUCCAAGAAACAAACCACACAAGAGACACCAAUCAAAUGCAACGACAUCUUCAAGCCUUUACCUGGACAAGACAAACCAAUCAGAACUGUGCUGACAAAAGGAAUCGCUGGCAUUGGAAAAACAGUCUCUGUGCAGAAGGUCAUCCUUGACUGGGCAGAGGGAAAAGCAAAUCAGGACGUUCAUUUCAUGUUUCCUCUUCCUUUCCGUGAUCUGAACCUGAAAAAGGACCAAUACAGUCUGAUGCAACUUCUUUCCCACUACUUCUCAGAGCUGAAAGAGAUUGACAGCAUUGAAGAUGGUGAAACCAAAACUGUUUUCAUUUUUGAUGGUCUGGAUGAGUGUCGACUUCCUCUAGACUUCAAAAACAAUGAGAAAUGCUGUGAUGUCACGAAGCCAACCUCAGUGGAUGUGCUGCUGACAAACCUCAUCAAGGGGAAUCUGCUUCCCUCUGCUCUCCUCUGGAUAACCUCACGGCCUGCAGCAGCCAAUCAGAUCCCUCCUGAGUGUGUUGACCAGGUGACUGAGGUACGAGGGUUCAAUGAUCCACAGAAGGAGGGGUACUUCAGGAAGAAAAUCACAGAUCAGAAUCUGGCCAAUGAAAUCAUCAAACACAUGAAGACAUCAAGGAGCCUCCACAUCAUGUGCCACAUACCAGUCUUCUGUUGGAUAUCAGCCACUGUCUUUGAGAUGAUGCUGAAAGAGACAGAGAAGGAUGAAGUCCCCAAAAAUCUGACCCAGAUGUACUCACACUUCAUACACAUCCAAAUCAUUGUGAAGAACAGGAAGUACAACAAAUCCACAGAGACAAACCCAAAGGAACUGUCUCAGUCAGACAAAGAGAUGAUCCUGAAACUGGCAAAGCUGGCUUUCCAACAGCUGCAGAAGGGCAACCUGAUCUUCUAUGAGGAGGACCUGAGAGAUUGUGGCCUUGAUGUCACAGAGGCAUCAGAGUACUCAGCAUUGUGUACAGAGAUCUUUAAAGAAGAAUCUGGGCUGUACCAAGACAAGGUCUACAGCUUUGUGCAUCUGAGCAUUCAGGAGUUUCUAGCAGCAGUGCAUGCUUUAGAAUCAUGUCUGGACAAGAAGGAAAAUGUUUUCUCCUCCACUAGUGAUGAUGAAGAGAAGGAGUCAAUCCAGUUGUCUGACUUACACAGGAGAGCAGUGGACCAGGCCUUGAAGAGUGAGAAUGGACACCUGGACCUGUUCCUCCGCUUCCUUCUGGGUCUCUCACAGGAGUCCAAUCAGAAUCUGUUACAAGGCCUUCUGACACAGACAGGAAGUACAACACAGACCAAUGAGGAAGCAGUUAAGAGAACAGUCAGGUACCUUUCAGACAACAUCGAAAGGGAAUCCUCACCAGAAAGGAUCAUCAACUUGUUCCACUGUCUGAAUGAACUUGGUGCCAACUCUCUAGUUGAAGACAUGCAGACCUCCCUGCGAUCAGGAACUCUUUCAGAAACAAGACUAAAACCUGACCAAUGUUCAGCCCUGGCCUACCUGUUACUGAUGUCAGAGGAGGUGCUGGAGGAGUUUGACCUGAAGACAUACAACACAUCAGAGGAAGGUUAUCAGAGGUUGCUGCCGGUAGUGAAAACCUGCAAGAGAGCACUACUGGAUCACUGUAAGCUCACAUAUAAAUCCUGUGAGACUCUGGCCUCAGCUCUGCAGACACCAAACUCCCCCCUGAGAGAACUGGACCUCAGCUACAAUGACCUGGGAGACAGAGGAGUGGAGCUGCUCUGUGUUGGACUAACCAGUCCACUCUGCAACAUACAGACACUAGUACUAGCUGGCUGUAAACUCACAUAUGAAUCCUGUGAGACUCUGGCCUCAGCUCUGCAGACACCAAACUCUCCCCUGAGAGAACUGGACCUCAGCUACAAUGACCUGGGAGACAGAGGAGUGAAGCUGCUCUGUGUUGAACUAACCAGUCCACUCUGCAACAUAGAGAGACUAGUACUGGAUCACUGUGACCUCACAUAUGAAUCCUGUGAGACUCUGGCCUCAGCUCUGCAGACACUAAACUCCCCCCUGAGAGAACUGGACCUCAGCCACAACAAUGACCUGGGAGACAGAGGAGUGGAGCUGCUCUGUGUUGGACUAACCAGUCCACUCUGCAACAUACAGACACUAGUUUUAGGUCACUGUGGUCUGACAGAGGGUUGCUGUUCAGCUCUGGCCUCAGUCCUGAGUUCACCCAACUCACAACUGAAACAACUGGAGCUGAGAGACAAUGACCUGCAGGACUCAGGAGUUACAUUGCUGUCUGCUGGACUGGAGGAUCCAGACUGUAAACUACACACACUGGGUCUAGGUCAGUGUGGUCUGACAGAGGGUUGCUGUUCAGAUCUGGCCUCAGUCCUGAGUUCACCCAACUCACAACUGAACCAACUGGAGCUGAAAAGCAAUGACCUGCAGGACUCAGGAGUUACACUGCUGUCUGCUGGACUGGAGGAGCCAGACUGUAAACUACACACACUGGGUCUAGGUCAGUGUGGUCUGACAGAGGGUUGCUGUUCUGAUCUGGCCUCAGUCCUGAGUUCACCCUACUCACAACUGAAACACCUGGAGCUGAGAGACAAUGACCUGCAGGACUCAGGAGUUACACUGCUGUCUGCUGGACUGGAGGAUCCAGACUGUAAACUACACACACUGGGGCUGUCUGGCUGUCUGGUCACAGAGGAGGGCUGUGCUGCUCUGUCUUCAGCUCUGAGGUCAAACCCCUCCCACCUGAAAGAGCUGGACCUGAGCUACAAUCACCCAGGAGACUCUGCAGGGGGACUGCUUUCAGCUGCUCUGGUGGAUCCCACAUAUAAGCUGAUGAAGCUGAAUGUGGAUCAUGGUGGAGAGUGCAGGCUGAAAUCAGGGCCGAGGAAAUAUGCCUGUCAUCUCACCUUGGACCCAAGUACAGCAAACCCAAAACUGAUACUGUCUGAGGGGAACAGGAAGGUGACACCGGUGGUGGAGGAGCAGCAGCAUUAUGGAGACCAUCCAGACAGAUUUGACCGUUAUCGCCAAGUUCUCUGCAGAGAAGGCUUAUCUGAUUCUCGUUAUUACUGGGAGGUGGACUGGGAUGGUGGUGGGCCUGCUAUUGGUGUGGUGUACAAAGGAAUGUUGGGAAGGGCUGGCAUUUGUAUUGGACUCACCAGCAAUUCCUGGUGUAUGUACUGCUCUGACAGCGUUUAUGACUUUUACAAUGCUGGAGUCCGUAGUAGAUCCAUUCUUGGCCCUGUAUCUAGAGUUGGAGUGUAUCUGGACUGGCCAGCUGGUACUUUGUCCUUCUAUAGUGUGUCCUCCUCUGGUACACUGACACACCUUUACACAUUCUACACCACGUUCACUGAACCCCUCUAUCCUGGAUUUGGGUUUCUUUUGUUGAAAACCUCCUCAGUGACCCUGUAUCAGAUCAACGACAUUCAAAGAGACCAUGGUGGAGAGAGUUGGAUCAAGCCUGGACCUGAGGACACCAGAGACCACCAGAGACCAUGGUGGAGAGAGUUGGAUCAAGCCUGGACCUGA